AUGGGCGGGAAUGAUGUCGAUUGCGGAGUUGAUCUGGGGGAAAGGAGCAUGCUCUCUUUGGGGUCGACAACUUCCAAGACCCCGCCGCAGCAAAUUCCCACCGGCAGCAAAAAAUUUUCAGCGGGUCCAUGUUAUACCUGUCGUCGCCGACGGGUGACAUGCGAUCGGCUGCUUCCAACUUGCCAAAAGUGCGAUAAAGCGCAGAAGGCAUGUUUGGGGUAUACAAAACCGAUUACUUGGGUGCGGGGAAUUGCCAGCCGGGGAAAGAUGAUGGGCUUGACAUUCGGCAACGUCACAGCGAAGAAGCCCUCUCCAGGUUACCCAGUGCAUGGCGUUGUUCCGCCUGCGGGAAACGAACCUGCAGAUUCUGUCUCCUCUGGCGGCUUGGGUUCAGUCCAAGCGUCUCUGGGCUUACCCUGCAACAUCGGGUGCUUUAGCUCGUGGUCGUCACCGUUAGACGUCUCCAAUGUCGUGGAAGAAUGGCCACGAUCAGGGGUGGCAUUCCCUGAAUGGAACUCAAGCGGUCGAUGCAAUGAAAGCGAAAGAGAAUUCAACCCGUCCAUCCCUCUGACAUUGAUAGAUCCGCUAUUCCAAGGCUUGGACAAAAUAUCAAGACACUACCUCGCCUAUUACCAAUCGCAGCCCGUCGAGCGCUCCUGCAAAUUCAAAGAAUCGCUGUUAGAGGAUGGCGAACAAUUCGUGCGCUCGCCUAAUCCAAAUGUACGAGUUGCUUAUCAGCAUCUGUUAGUUCUAAAGCAUCGAGCGCUUUGUCAACUGGAGCAAACCUUGUCAAAUCCCAAGACGCGAGGAGAAGAUGCAUCAAUUGCUUCCGCGCUUCUCCUAAUGGUUCUUGACAUGGUAGAGUCAGGGCGCGGGACUUGGAAAGUCCAUGUCGAAGGUGCUAAGAAGCUGCUCCAGAGUCAUAUUUUCCCGCUGCUAGCGAAGGCCUCGGAUGGGGCGUCACCAUUGCCUCGUGCAAUCUACGACGGCUUUAAUAUGUUCCUAGCAGGAAGCUGUCUGACGGGACCUCAUUGGCGCACUCCUGUUCUUGAAUCAUAUGAUUCCACGGACAGUAACAUUCCAUUUUCAAACUCGGAUGCGCUCUACCACCUUGCUUCGGCAUAUAAAAUUAGCAUCACCAUUUAUGCUAUCCGGAUCCUCUUGCACCCGUCACCUGACGAAUGCACCUUCUUUGCGGAGCAAGUCACCACAGUACUAAACCACCUCUCCCUCAUCCCUCCGACAUGGGGGGGGGGGGGGGGUUGGAUAACAACCGACAUGCGCAUACGAACCGCACGAAUAAUGAGAGUGAUGCUCGUACAGUUACGAGCAGUCAAACUGACCGGCCGCCUCGACAACAUCAAGCAGCACAAGCACCUCACCCUUAUCCACACCCAACUGCCACACCACUCCCUGCGAAUGGGUAAAAGCUGGACUCGAAUUCUCUGCUGGAACUGUAGAUGCCUCAUCCGUGAGGAUAAGGGGAUGGUGUGGGGUGGAAGUAGCACAGGUAAUCGUUCAGCAGAUGACGGGCCUGGUGGAGUAGGACCCGACGGUCUGGUUGUGGAGUUUGCGGAGUUGGAGAUCCUUUGA